CAGGCAGAUGCAGUCGGUGCCAUCCGAGCUGAUCGCUCGGGGACAGGUGCUGGCAGGCUUUUCGGCUCUGCACGCUUAGCGUCUAGGCUGGCGCAUGCGGUCACCGAGACGCAUCUAUCCUGUGCUUGACUAGCCUCAGUCGCGCAGUACUCCCUUUAUGAGAACUGGGAUCCGAGGAGUACUGCAGACUUGGGCUGUGAAGUAUUCCAAGGCAGUGGCCGCUCCACUGCUUACAGCGGCAAUAAACUAGUGCAAUAUAAACUGUGACUAACAAAGCCCUGUAUUCUGGAGGACUUCCUGGUUGGGGGGGAGGCAGAAUUUACCGUCUCAUCCUCUCAACAUGAGGCAGGACGCUUUCUAAAUAGAGAUUAAACAAUGAAAUACUGCUGUGCUAACUCCGGACUUUUUUCUUUGACAGCCAGUAGAAAUAGAUAUGAUUGUAGGAAAAGACCGGGAGGGUUUCUUCACCAAUGGUCUGACCCUUGGUGCAAAGAAGUGCUCUGUGAUCAGAGAUAGCCUGUAUGUUGAUGGUGACUGCACAAUGGACAUCAGGACAAAGAGUCAAGGUGGUGAGCCAACGUACAAUGUUGCUGUAGGCAGAGCUGGCCGAGUCUUGGUCUUUGUAAUGGGCAAAGAAGGGGUCCAUGGAGGCGGAUUGAAUAAGAAGGCAUACUCAAUGGCAAAAUACUUGAGAGACUCUGGGUUCUAGUUGCUAGGCAGACUGUUAAGUAUUAGGGGAAGAUUGCUAUUAAACUUUCCUGGCGGUGAGCUUUAAACCUUACAUUCUGGAAACUUUAUUAGCAAUGCAGGGUGAUGGGGUAUG